UGUGGCUUCCUCUGGGAUCCUGGGGUCGUGGUGAGAAGCCAUUCCGGAGGCUAGCCCAAGCUUCUUUGUGUGGCGCCUCUCCCCCGCCCCCCCCCGCCCCCACGGAGCAUCUUUGGGCUGCCAGCCUUGGAACCCGCAGGCUGGGUUUGUGUGGCCCCAGCCGUCCCUCCCCUUUCGCCCGCCCCGGUCAUCAGUGCCUUAGUUCCUGAAGCCGCCCGACCUCUCUCGCAGCUGGAACUGCAGGCCGGGGAGGACCCCAGCAGCAGACGACGUCUGCCUUUGCCCUCCCGGGCUGGCGCCCCACACGUCGUGCUUCUCGCUAGCAAAGUUUCUCUGCGGAAAACAAGCCCCUCUAGCUUUCUCUGGAUCCGUAACGCGCGGGCGCGCGCUCUCGGCUCCUCUCCCCCGAGACUGCGCUCCCGGCCGGGGCUGUGCCUUUGCUCCUGCCCCCGGCCGGCGGCUGCCGUGCGGGCGGAGCUUGGGGAAUCCAAGCAGCCGGCUCGAGAACCCUCGCCUCUGCGCGGGUUCUGAGGGAGCAGCGGCGAGCCGGCGAGCUCGUAGCCACAGCCUGACGAUAGCUAGGGGACCUAGGCACCGGAAUGAGCCCCCGAAGGGACGCUCAGGCUCCACCCCCUCUUCUGCCCUGGUUCAGGUUUCGGCAGGGGUGAGAGGGCAUCGUGGUCAGGACUCCUCGGAAGGUGCUGCUGAGUGUUGGUGCCCCGACAGAGGGGCUAACCCCCUUCUUGCGGUGGGGGGGUGGGCAUCCUGCGAAAGGUGAAGCGGCCAAGGAAACAGCUGUGUCCACCCUUUCUCGUGCCUGAAACUGGACUCCAGCCCGAGCGCUAAAAUGCUUGCUUUGGCCCUGUCCAGGUUUCACAGCACGUAUAUUGACGAUUGGAAGCCUGGGCCAAUGAAGAGUCAAGUUCAAAGUGGUACUCCUGGGCUCCCCAUCCCAUACUCCAACAAGUGUAACUGGAAACUAGAAAGAGGGGGUCUCCUGCUCUAACUAGCAGAUCUCCGUUCUGGAAUUGUACUUGACAGCUGUCUUCACCAAUACUUGGACUGCAGUGGCUAUAGGGUUCUCUUGGGGGUGGGUGGGGGUUGCCCUGAAGACCAGACUCAAGCACUCAGAACCUCGACAAUGGACCGAGUUUAUGAAAUUCCGGAGGAGCCUAACGUGGAUCCAAUUUCAUCUCUGGAGGAAGAUGUCAUCCGUGGGGCCAACCCCCGAUUUACCUUUCCAUUUGGCAUCCUCUUCUCCACCUUUUUGUACUGUGGGGAGGCUGCAUCUGCCUUGUACAUGGUUAGAGUCUAUCGAAAGAAUAGUGAAACCUACUGGAUGACAUACACCUUAUCCUUCUUUAUGUUUUCAUCCAUUAUGGUCCAGUUGACCCUCAUUUUUGUUCACAGAGAUCUGGCCAAAGACAAGCCGCUUUCAUUGUUUAUGCAUCUAAUCCUCUUGGGACCUGUUAUCAGAUGUUUGGAGGCCAUGAUUAAGUACCUCACACUGUGGAAGAAAGAGGGGCAGGAGGAGCCCUAUGUCAGCCUCACCCGAAAGAAGAUGCUAAUAAAUGGCGAGGAGGUGCUGAUAGAAUGGGAGGUGGGCCACUCCAUCCGGACCCUGGCCAUGCACCGCAAUGCCUACAAGCGUAUGUCACAGAUCCAAGCCUUCCUGGGCUCAGUGCCCCAGCUGACCUAUCAGCUCUAUGUGACUCUGAUCUCUGCAGAGGUCCCCCUGGGUAGAGCUGUGCUAAUGGUCUUUUCCCUGAUAUCUGUCACCUAUGGGGCUACCCUCUGCAAUAUGUUGGCUAUCCAGAUCAAGUAUGAUGAAUACAAGAUUCGCCUUGGGCCGUUAGAAGUCCUCUGCAUCACCAUCUGGCGGACAUUGGAGAUCACUUCCCGCCUAGUGAUUCUGGUGCUCUUCUCAGCCACCUUGAAAUUGAAAGCUGUGCCCUUCUUAUUGCUCAACUUCCUGAUCAUCCUCUUUGAGCCCUGGGUUAAGUUCUGGAGGAGUGGUGCCCAGAUGCCUAAUAACAUUGAGAAAAAUUUCAGCCGGGUCGGCACCCUGGUGGUGCUGAUUUCCAUUACUGUCCUCUAUGCAGGCAUCAACUUCUCUUGCUGGUCAGCUUUGCAGUUGAAAUUGGCAGACAGGGACCUUGUUGACAAAGGUCAGAACUGGGGACAUAUGGGCCUGCACUAUAGCUUAAGAUUGGUAGAGAAUGUGAUCAUGGUUUUGGUUUUCAAGUUCUGUGGAGUGAAAGUGUUAUUGAAUUACUGUCAUUCCUUGAUUUCUUUGCAGCUAAUCAUUGCUUACCUGAUUUCCAUUGGCUUCAUGCUCCUUUUCUUCCAGUACUUGCACCCGUUGCGCUCACUCUUUACCCACAACGUAGUGGACUACCUCCAUUGUGUCUGCUGCCACCAGCACCCUCGGGGCAGGAUUGAGAACUCAGAACCAUCCUGUGAUGCUGAAGCAAGGCCAAGCAUUGUCUGAUUCUAUCUUCUGGGUAUUUGGGGAUAGGUUGGGGUUUGCCAAGAGCAACUUUGAAAUUGAAGGAGAGGAUGAGGCUCUUAGGUGAGUACUCACUAGGAUAUUUUCUUGAAUUUUCUGGUAAGCCUAUAAGAAGAAAGAACAGCUCCCAAAUAGGUUUUAUGUCCUUAAGAUUGACUGGUCUGUUUGGAAAAGGGGGUAGCUACUAUAUACCAAGAAGGAUCAGAGAUAUGGUGAACACCCCCUCCCACCCAGGGAAGCUGUGGCUGCCCGAGGGGAUAAUUUACCUCCAAGCACCUUAAGCUCUCUGGGUGUGAUCUUGUAGCUCUGCUCAUUUGCUUGAGGCAUUACUGAGUUUUCCUAGGGCUGAGAUGAAGGCCCAGAAUUCCACCAGAGCAUAUCUGGACUGAUUAGAGAGUAUGACAACUUGCUAGUUAUGGGUACCUCCCAGGAACCUGGCUGGUUAAUGUGGAAUUGUAACUGUAAGCAUGGCUGGUUGUGGUUUUUUUUUUUUAUUCCAAUGAGAAACUCUGGUUUAAGAAGAAAACCCCCACUAUUAAAAGAGCUGCUCCCCAAACAAGUUAGCUUUCCAUUAGGGUUUUACUAGUGAUCUUUCAUCAAAGACCUCUCUUUUCAAGCAGCCCUUCAUAGGCACACUCUGAGGAGGGAGUGCUGACUAGGAUUCCUUCAGGGCAUAAGCCAGAAUGACUCUUUCUCAGGGACCUGCAUGGGCACCAGCUUGUGGAAUGGAGUGGUUGAGGAAAAUCUCUCACUUAAUGCCUCAUUAUCAGGAAUUCCCUCCAACCUGGUUUUUCUGUGCUCUUGACAUUUGACUACUUGAUAUAGAUUGCAGAGAGGCUGAACUGUAAUUGAAAAUGUUUCUAAUGUAAGGAAGAAAUGAAGAUUGCUUUGCAUCUCCUACUAUUCUGAGUAUUUUGCUGGGUUUUUUUUUAGGGGAGAGAGAAGGUAAUAAUAGCUGGAAUAUUACCUUCAUGCUGUUUGGGGUUUGGAUGGCAGCUACUACUACUACUACUACUACUACUACUACUACUAGGGAAACGAGAUCACAUUAACUCAUCAUUGGUACUGGUUUUUGCCUACAGGAUUUUAUUUUGCAAUAAGGAAUGUUUAUCAACCUUCUGCUCAUUCUCAUACCCCCAGUGGAUGAAUACAUAUCUCCUUUUUUCAUGUAUCUCAUAUCAGUUGGGCAUUUUGAUGGGGAUGUCAGCUAGAUGCCUCCAAGGUAACCAAGGAAUUGAGGUUAGGAGGGCCACUGCCACCUGGGACCCAGUAUCUCAGUAUUUGAGAAUUCCUAGUAGCAUGUAUCAACUGUUGCUACCGCAAGGUUUUGAGAAAUUGUGAACAAUCUGACCUAAAGCUUCUCAUCCCCAUGUGAUGCCCACCUAAAGAUCACAUUACUCUUGAGAUCACAUUAAGAAUUUUAGCCAUUUCCCUUCCUCUUAUCCAGUGUCACGACUUUAUGGUAGAGGUAUUCCCUCUUUUUAAGUAGCGGGGCUCUUAGCCAGAAUGGUCCUAUUUCCUGGUAUGUCUAGUGUGGGUUUUCCCAUCUUCAACCGUUGUUUGGGGCUAAAAGGAUUGGAUAAUUGAUUUGGGGAAGAGUAAAAUGACUCGCUUUGGAGCAGUGAAUAUUUUCUUUUCCAGUCCAACUCCCUCAUUUUAUCUUUGAUGAUGAGACUUAGCUUGAUGUCAUAAAAAGCUCAUACUCUUGUCUUCUGACUAUGUAAUUUAAGGUGAAUUUGAAUGAAUCUAUUAGGCCUCCAGAAGAACACACUGUCUCUUGGAAUUCAAGCAAUAAUUUCUCCCUAGUGGUUAAUAUGCCCUUCUAUUAAAAUCAGAAGCAGCGUGGAACUGUAAUUUAGUCCGUAAAAGGCAUGUGAAUCAGCUUACUUAAGGUACAGGUGUGAUGAGAACACAGUGACACAUACCAAGCCAAGCAGGCCAAUUAGAGCUAGAGUGGAGAUACACAGGGCAGAAACCAUGUGCCUUGGCACUAGACCGGGUGUAUUUUUCCCCCCACAUAGCCUCCCCAGCCUCCAUGACUUAAUAUCUCUGGAAUGCAAGGAGUUCAGGGUGAGGGGUAUGGAGCAACUUGGGACCUGAAAAACCUGCUGCCCUUUCCCUAGGAGAAGAGAGUCUAGCCAUACCUUAUGCAAAUGAACUCUAACCUCCUCUAGGUGGUGGCCUUCCUGUUGCACAGCAGUAUUCUAAAUACACAGGAAAAGGAGAAAUUUCAAAAUACGAUGGUAGGGCAAGGGAAGUGCUCCUAUCUGCAUACACCUCUUUAACUGCUCUCUUUUUUGCACUUUGAAAUCUUAAAGCGACACAGGGUACUUGUGUAGGGGCAAGUCUUAGUGGGAGAGGAGGCAGAGAUGGGGCCAGCAAAUGGGUCUUGGAAAUGGAAGGCAGAACCAUGAAGUUUGGGGGAAAGAGAGGCUGAUGUAGCAACAGCUUUUUUUCAUAUUAUUGGAAAUUCGGUAGGCUAAGUAUGGGCAAAUGGACCUGUUAAGGAAAUGUAUUAAAUAAACUAAUAGUUGUCAGUUUCAUUUGUUCCACAAAUACUUUGAAGGCUAUGGGGCAUAGAACUGUGAGGCACUGUAGGAGAAUUAAAUAAUAUCUAAUAUUUAUAAGCAUUUACUGUAUGUCUGGCAUGGGUGCUUUAUAUGCACUAUAUCUUUCAUUCAGUCCUCAAAACAACCCUCAUGAGGUUGGUACUAUUAAUCCUUCAUUUUACAGAUGAAGAUUCUAAGGCCUAGAAAAGGGAAGUGACCUGCCCAAAGCCACAGGUCAUAUCAGAGCCAGGAUUCAGUUUUAGGCACUCAGGCUCCAGAGCUUCCACUCUUAAUCAUGACACAAGCCUCUAAAUCCUCUUAGGUCCUUUGUGGAAUUAUUUUAAUAUGUUAGCGGUUCCAGGAAUAUUUUCUGGGCUAUCGUUGGGUUCAUCUCAAGCAUUCUUACAAACACUCGUAAUCAAGAGGCAUCACUCAACUUACCCUAGAGGAAAAAGGUCAAGUCCUAAAAGGCCUGGAAUGAAAUUGAGUAUGUGUUCACAUGUAUUUAUAUGUACUUAUAUUUAUGUUCACAUGUAGUUACAUACAGGGAGUGGGAGAGUAGGGUGAGGGAUAGUGGUAGAUGGACCCAUUUCCUUUCUAAUUUCAGGAUUUUGUUUCCUGUGUGUUCUUAAACCUUCUAGACCCUGUCGUGGUAAUAAAACUGGAGGGAGCAAUUAGUACUUAGGUUUGUAGGACUCUCCACCACCUCAAACAACCAAUCACAGCAGGGGAGUGCUGAAGCCCACUCUCUUAUACUUCGUCUUAGCAACAUUGUCCUUAUACCUGCUGAGAAGCUGACUCCUAGUUCUGAAGCAGGCCAGGGGAUAUGAAUGUUGAAGAAUAAUGCCCCUCCCUCAGCUGUCACAGUCCUGAGAGCCUAAGUCAAAUUUCAGUGCUCUCUCAGCUAGCCUGCUCCCGCCUACACCUCACAAGGUCAUGGUCAUCAGCUUUCAGAGUUGCUUGCUACUUCCAGGGUAAAGGUGGUGUGAGCAGCUGAAGGGUAGAACAUCCCACCAGGACAUUCCAUCUAAACCCGUGGAGUUCUGGGAUGCCUGGCUGGCUCAGUCCAUGGAGUGUUGCAAUUCUUGAUCUCAGGGAUGUAAAUUUGAGCCCCACAUUUGGUGUAGAGAUUAUUUAAAAAUAAAAUCUUAAAAAAAACCCACAAAACCUGUGGAGUUCUGUUUCUGAAAAGCCGUAUGCAUAAAAGCAGAUGCCUUGGGGCCCUCCAAAAGAUUUACCUACCCAAGAGUGGGAAUCCUCAUUCUUUGAAACUUUUGCUAUUAGCCUUUAUUACUGUCUUAAGGGGAUACACAUGUCCAUAAUCUUAUGCCUUUUCUCUUGGAGGGUUAGCACCGUUAGUCAUACACUUUAGUCACAGACUUUAGAACCUCUGGUGUGCUCAGUGAAAGUAUGAUAUGAAUCUUGACAAUAAAGCAUGUGAAACUUUCCCAUGUGAAACUGGGAAGUAGCAAGGCUGACCUGUGUGAGCUAAGGGAACUAAAUGUGAAAACAAUACACUUUCAUGUAUGGAGAUAAUAACAUCUGAAGAGCACGGUAUUAUAUUCAAGGCACAUUGACACAUAUUAGCUCUGUUACCAUUGUAUCAUUCAUUUUGGGGACAAGCCCUCUGAGUUGUACAUGUGAAUUUGCAUUGUUCUAACCUUUAAUUUAUUAAAACAGUUGUUAAACUCAUUUUGUGCCAAGGAAAAGCUAAAUGGAUAUUUCAGAGUGCUCUAUAGAUGCUGAAAGGCUCAAAUGUGAAUCCCAGAUAUUGAAUUUAAGUGAUAUUGGAGAUAAAUAGGCACUGGUUCUCAUCACUGGCAUGAGAGUACAAUAUUGGUGCAAAUUUUUGGAAGCCAAUCUGUCAAUAUUUGUUAAAAUUAAUCAGGCAUACUUUCUGCCUCCAAAUUUUAACCUCUAGGAAUUUUUCCUAUGGCAACCUGGCCACACUUGUGCAAAGAGAUAUGUACAGGAAUGUUCAUUACAGCACUGUUUAUAACAGUGAAAAAUUGGUAACAACUUAAAUUUCCAUCUGUAAGAAAAUGAUUAAAUUCUGUCAAUUCUAUAAUUGGAAUACUGUCCAGCCAUUAAAAGAUGUAUGCACCA